AUGGAAGUGAGUUCAGAUGGUAUGGUGAAAUGGCUGAAACCAAUUGGACGUACAACACCGUAUUCGGUCAAUGUCACGGUGGCCUCGCAAUUGGGCGAAUCAACGAUCAGCUGGAAUCUUACUGUAGAGCCAACGUACUCACCAAUCGUCAUUCGUCUUACGAACGUUGGUGACACCAAUAAACGAGCUGUACAAGGAAUCGUACAGUUCAUCGAUCAGCGCAACUUCGGUCGCGUUCCAGUUCGUCUACGAACCUUUCGAAAUGGAAUUCUCUUCGAAGAUGUUGCAGUGGAGAGCGAUAGCGAAGGUCGUUUCGAGUUCGUGCAUAUACCGAGCGAUGAAGCUUCCACUUAUAAAGUGAUCGCCAGUCAUCCAGGUGAACCGUGUGACAGUUCGGUUUAUCUUUCACAACGAAUCAUCGCUUGGUCGGAUGCUGAUUUUGAUGUUGAUUAUGAGAAGACAAUCAAACUGAAGCGUGGCAGUAUUGCCGAGGAGACGUAUCGGCUUCACAAUAACGGUGAUAUUCCGCUGGCUGGAUGCUGGGUUCAGGUGAUAACACCUCGAGAUAAGCUGACCAUCGAUAAAGUUGAACAAAGUUUCGAAUCGAUCGGCGCAAACGAAUCAAAAACAAUGCGAGUGGAAUUCAGCGCUGCGGAAACCCUGGACAGUGUCACUGCAACGCAUCAGUUCUCGUGUGUCAACUCCAUCAAACGUCUCGUCCGGCAAACAAUAAAUGUUGAAGAGACUGGAUCAUAUUUGAGAGCACAGCCACGCGAGUUACUUUUUUCGUUUGCUCCUCAAACGACACCACCAAUAAUGCGAGUAAGUGUAGGAUUUUUUUACAUCGUUUUCUCUGGUUUCAUUUCGAUCUUGACAGUUUUCUGA